CCGCCUCCCGCCGUCUGCCGCGGCGGCUCCCCGAGCGUGCCGGGCGGCUCCGGCUGCGACCCCGCGGGGCCCACUGCGCGCCGAGCGUCCAGGCUGCGGAGGGUUCCGGCUGUCCGCAUGGACGCCGCGCCGAAGCGGAGCCGCUCCGAGGAGCCGGCCGAGCUCCUGCCGUCUGCCCGGGACUUGGAGGAGGAGGAGGAGGAAGAGGGCAUGGAGCAGGGGCUGGAGGAAGAAGAAGAGGUGGACCCCCGGAUCCAGGGAGAACUGGAGAAGUUAAAUCAAUCCACGGAUGAUAUCAACAGACGGGAGACUGAACUUGAGGAUGCCCGUCAGAAGUUCCGCUCUGUUCUGGUUGAAGCAACGGUGAAGCUGGACGAACUGGUGAAGAAAAUCGGCAAAGCCGUGGAAGACUCGAAGCCCUACUGGGAGGCACGGAGGGUGGCGAGGCAGGCUCAACUGGAAGCGCAGAAAGCCACUCAGGACUUCCAGAGGGCCACCGAGGUGCUCCGUGCUGCCAAGGAGACCAUCUCCCUGGCCGAGCAGCGGCUGCUGGAGGAUGACAAGCGGCAGUUCGACUCGGCCUGGCAGGAGAUGCUGAAUCACGCCACUCAGAGGGUCAUGGAGGCGGAGCAGACCAAGACAAGGAGCGAGCUGGUGCAUAAGGAGACAGCGGCCAGGUACAAUGCUGCUAUGGGCCGCAUGCGGCAGCUGGAGAAGAAACUCAAGAGAGCCAUCAACAAGUCCAAGCCUUAUUUUGAACUCAAGGCAAAGUACUAUGUGCAGCUCGAGCAACUGAAGAAGACCGUGGAUGACCUGCAGGCCAAACUGACCCUGGCAAAAGGCGAGUACAAGACGGCCCUGAAGAACCUGGAGAUGAUCUCGGAUGAGAUCCAUGAGCGGCGGCGCUCCAGUGCCAUGGGACCUCGGGGCUGCGGCGUUGGGGCCGAGGGCAGUAGCACAUCUGUGGAGGACCUGUCAGGGAGCAAGCCCGAGCCAGAUACCGUUUCUGUGGCCUCGGAGGCCUUUGAAGAUGACAACUGUAGCAACUUUGUGUCCGAAGAUGACUCAGAAACCCAGUCUGUGUCCAGCUUCAGUUCAGGACCAACGAGCCCGUCUGAGAUGCCUGACCAGUUCCCUGCAGCUGUGAGGCCUGGCAGCCUGGAUCUGCCCAGCCCUGUUUCCCUGUCGGAGUUUGGGAUGAUUUUCCCAGUGUUGGGCCCUCGAAGUGAAUGCAGUGGGGCCUCCUCCCCCGAAUGUGAGGUGGAACGAGGAGACAGGGCAGAAGGGGCAGAGAAUAAAACGAGCGACAAAGCCAACAACAACCGGGGUCUCAGCAACGGCAGUGGCAGUGGUGGCAGCAGUAAGAGCCAAAGCAGCAUUUCCCCUGAGAGCCAGGCCUUGGAGAACCGGAUGAAGCAACUUUCCCUCCAGUGCUCAAAGGGAAGAGACAGGAUUAUUGCUGACAUAAAAAUGGUGCAGAUUGGUUGAUCCAUCCAAGGCCCUGGCCACAUGUGUGUCAAUAUUUAUACACGAAACUGGAGAACAUUGUGCCAAUAAUCAUUUAAUAUAUGCCAAAUCUUAAGCGUUUACUCUAAACUGCACUAAAGGUUUCAGUGACCUUGAGGGCUGAAGAUUUUUCUUCUGGGUAAGAGCUCUUAGGCUGGUUUGUUUUUCAGAGCAGAGGAGUUGUUGCAGGUGGACUGUGACUAGGUCCACAGCCUUUAUGGAACAUUCUGUGUAACGGCGUUAUGGAAGCAAUAACUAGUUCCUAUGAAAGAACCGGAGCCAGGAAGAGGGCUGGGAAGCUAAGCCAAAGUGGGGGCAACAGCUGGCUUCUCUUUCCCUUUUCUCACCCUCAGUUUGGGGAAAAUGGAGCCGUUCUCACCAUUAUCUCCCAGGGUAUCUUAAUGAAAUAAAAAAUGGCCACAUACACAAAACAAAAGCUUAAGUAUUCAGAGCACACCUUUUUGAAGGCUUAAAGAAAAAAAUCCAAGAACACAAUUCAUUUUCAUCACCUCUGGUGUUCAGAGGGGCUUUAGAAAGUGUUAUGCUGGGACACCCAUUUUCUAGAAAGGUUACCAUGAACUGCACUUUUUGGGGUGGGAAAGGUGAAUGCUGGUGUAGGGAUGGGGGUGGGGGGAAUGAGGGUAGCAGGGAAAUAUCAUAGAAGGGAAUUUGUGGCUGUGGGAAAGAAGGUUCUGUAGCAUAAACCUUAUCCUGCCAGCCAAGGGGAUUUAUUCUAUGAAAAGUGCAUGUGAAGAAUGGUUUCAAUUGUUAUUAGACUGACAAGGUGUUAAUUUCUCUGUAGGUUGUAACUUUAAAAAUGAAUGAAAUUAUUUAAGGGUUAUGCUGCACUAGUAUUCCUUAGAGGAAGAGUUCUUUAAAGCUAGGAAAGGGAGUAGGCAUGUGCUGGCAAAGGCUGUUAAAUAGAAGCAAUGGAGUCUGUUAUGCUAAUAGUGUUAAGACUACUUUUCUUUAAUGUUUUCAUGGUUAUGCAUAUUUAGAACACUGUAUUUGUCCUGUUUUGUUAAAACAUUUAGCAUUUCUAAAAGAAAAAAACCAACCCCCUCCUAUUUCAAAUUGUUCUGUCACAGCUUGUAUAUUUAAGUCAUUUGUAAAUCUCUUCAUACAGUUUGACUGAUACAGUAUCCUAAUCACAAGAUUAUUUUGUACUUGUCUUAAUACCUUGAGUGUAAUAAAAACAGCUUAA